AUGAGUGAAAUCAGUCACGAACAAGGUCAGUUGGCAGAUACUACGGUGCGCGCUGGUGUCGAACCCCCUGUUUGUCGGGCUCUGGCUGGCAGCCUCACGGCUCCGCCCACCCGAACGCGUUCGACCAGGACGAGUCAUUGACAAUCAGACCGCGCCUUGCUAUCCCUGUUGCACCAGAUACCCUCCAAGCCGAGUCGGAGCGCGCCAUUUCGAGCUCUCCGGAGACCGCGUCGAACAUCAAAGAAUCGUCACCGGUUACGGAGAAGCGCAUAACUCGUCCACCAAAUGCCUUCAUUCUCUUCCGCGCCGAUGUACGUCUUUACCUGCUCCUCAAAGCGUGGCGUGCCCCUGAAGUAUUGUUGUGGAUUGAUUCUAAUUCGCUGUCCCUCCAUCCUUGAAUCACCCCCUUUCAAAGCAAGUCAAGCUUAUCAAAGAGACCGAGCCUGAGCUCCGGUCCAAACCGCAGAGCGAGUUGUCGAAGGUUCGUCGCUGA